UUUACUAUAGCAAUUAACUUUUCCCUCUCCUCCAUUAUUCUAGCAACCGUUUUCCUCCAUUAAUCUCCCUCUCCCCCAUUACUUCAGUAACUGUUCUCCAUUAUCUCCCUCUCCUCCAACCGUUUCCUCCCUUUUUCCUUUUAUUUUAUUAUUAUCAUUAUUUUUGUGUCUACUUCACACCCCAGCUCAGAUUUUUUUUGCACUCUCCUCCCAUCUUUUUCUUCGGGUUCAUGAUCGUGAACCCAGAUCUGAGUUUGUGUUGAUGAACCCAACUCGAUCUAGCUUCACAAACCCAGAUCUGGGUCUAUCUUCAUGAACACAAACCUAGAUCUGGGCUUCUGUUCACAAACCCAAAUAUCAGCAACUUCACCUUAAUGCAUUUUUGGGUUUGUGUUCAUGAAGCUUCCCUUCUCUUCUUCCUCAAAACAACCCCUUUCCUCCAUCUUACAUGUUGUUUAGAAUUUGAAAUGAAAAGGGAAAAGAACAUUCAGUUAGAAAUAUGGUUCCAUAACAGCAAGUUAGAUGUGGUUGAGAAAUCCAUAUUUUAUGAAUUAAUUGUGAAUUUCCAUUUUAAUAUUUUUUUAUAGGAUGUCAGGCGGGCCCAUUAACUUCGCGCGGAGUCGCACCACAUCAGGGAGACCAGGACGUCACGACGCUGUAGAUCUUGCAUGUGAUGUUACCCUAGUAAUGAACGUGGGGCAUACUCAGUCUAUUAGUCUACAGGGUUCUAUUCAUGUAGCAGUCACAUCCUAUAGCCAGAAGCAGAAGAGAAGAGGUCCAAACAAAUCGAAAAAGGCUGCAAGAAGACCAACUGAGAGACCAUUUAUACAAAUUUCGCAUAAAGGUACAUUCUUGGAUGUUGAAGUUCCUAGAUUGAUUACAACCCUAUGGAAGAAGGUUUAUGAUGGUGAUUACUUCACGUAUGACUUGUUCCCAGAACACAAAAGGACACAUUAUCAAUGGGCUGUAGAGGAUGAGGAUGCGGUUCGAAAGGUGUUCUUAAGAUCAAUGAAGAAAGGAUGGGGCGAUAAUAUGAAGGAUGAGCGGAAUAAGUGGCAUACAAACGGUGAGUAUAGGCCGAUAUGGGUGCUUGAGCACCUAUGGCCUACAUUAUGCACUUAUUGGGAUUCUUAUGAGUUUCACAUUCUUAGCAAGAGGGGGAAGAAAAAUCGAGCAUCUGGGGAACGAGUUUCACACACUACAGGAUUAGUGAGUUUUGAUGUACAUAAAGAACGGAUGACCAAAGCUGUUGGGGGGAUAAGGCCAGCACACCAAGACCUAUAUAAGGAAACACACACUUUGCGAAAAGGUGUCCCCCAAGGGCAGGAAGCUCCAUGGUGUGGCGACAAACAUAAGGAUUGUCAUGAUACGUAUGUCAGUGAGUGCUCUGCUACUUAUGGCUUAGACUCAGCAUCAUGGCCGCCACGGGACAAUGACGCUUGGGCAGUUGCUGUUGGGGGAUGCCAUAGCAAUUUCAUGGCGGGAACUGGUUCACAUGUAAACCCAAAGGAACUUGGGUUUACAUAUAGAAAGCAACAACCAAAGGGGAAUUCAUAUAUGAGCUUGAUGUUAUCAGACAUGGCCGAAAAACAAGUGAAAGAUAGGGAGGCAAUGCAAAUGAUGCAAGAUGAAAUAGGUGCGUACGGGAUGCACCAGCCUAGUGCUACCCCAUCGUUGCCUCACACCGAGCAAGCAUUUCCUCCUGUAGGGACAUCAUUCCCUAUUGCUGGGCCAUCGUUUCAUGCUAGUGGGCCAUCAUUUCCUCAUGCAAUGCCAAUGCAACUCCCGAUAGAACCUGCAUUCCCAAUGGGCCAAAUGGGGAGACAGUCAGAAGCUCCAGAUACAUCUUCAGCCAAUCUCCUACAAGAUGAGUUUGGUUAUCAGCCGAGAUUUGAUGCAGAUUACCAGGGUCCAUUUGGGCCCGAAUGAUCAGUGUGCAUGAGGUUGCAAACUCAAAACAUGGCAUGUUCUUGCUACUUGAGGAAAAUACUUUUAUUUUUUGGAUGGAUAAUUUGAACUUGUUAGGACAUAAGUGUAUAUGUCAGUUGGAAUUAAAUGGUUUGUGCUUAA